AUGAAGAAGCAAAAUGUACGCACUCUAUCCUUAAUUGUGUGCACAUUUACAUAUCUGCUAGUUGGUGCGGCUGUCUUUGACGCUCUUGAGUCUACUACGGAGAGGAACAGAUUUGAAGUUCUGCAAGCUAUCGAGGGGAUGAUAAUAAGAAAGUACAAUAUAACAGAAGAAGACUUCCGCGUGAUGGAGACAGUGGUGCUCAAAUCGGAACCGCACAAGGCUGGUCAACAGUGGAAGUUCACUGGUGCCUUCUAUUAUGCCACCACCGUCCUUACCACCAUUGGGUAUGGGCACUCGACGCCAGCUACGAUCGGCGGCAAGCUGUUCACAAUGUUUUACGCCAUCGUGGGCAUCCCGCUCGGCCUCAUCAUGUUCCAGAGCAUCGGCGAACGCGUCAACAGACUUAGCAGCGUAAUAAUAAAAUCAAUAAAGCGUGCGAUGAACUGCAAGCAAACGAAUGCAUCUGAAGUGGACCUCAUCUGUGUGGUGACCACACUGUCAUCUCUGACCAUCGCAGGGGGAGCAGCUGCCUUCUCCAAGUUCGAGGGUUGGAGUUACUUCGACAGCGUUUAUUACUGCUUUAUAACGUUGACCACUAUUGGUUUCGGCGACAUGGUAGCCCUCCAAAAGGACAACGCGUUAAACCGCAAGCCUUCGUAUGUGAUGUUCGCUUUAAUCUUCAUCCUUUUCGGGCUGGCCAUCGUGGCCGCUUGCCUCAACCUGCUCGUGCUGCGGUUCGUGACCAUGAACACUGAGGACGAGAAGCGGGAUCAACAGCAGGCAGAGCAGGCGCAGCAGGUGGCCGUGCGGCUGGAGGGCGACGUGAUCACGGCGGACGGCGCCGUGCUGCGCGGCGUGGCGCGCGGGACGCGGAUGCCCGCGCUGCCGGCCAGCGCGCGCCACGUCUCCACUGACACGUCGAUGGCCCCGCUGUACAUCGACGACGACUACGCGCCUAGCGUCUGUUCCUGUUCCUGCAACUGCUUCGGUCCUAACAAGUCAAUACUUUAUCGCGAUCCGCUGUCACCAGUACCACCAACGAACAUCAAGCAGAUCAAAUCGAAAAACUACCAAGGCCUGGGUGGCCUGCCUCGUUACAUAGAAAAGAAUUCCUCAAAAAAUAAUUCACAGUCCCUCCGUCUCAACUCAGCCUCUGGCUACUUAUACAUGAAUGCUAAAACCAACGAAUUCCAAAUAGAUCCCGAUGACUUCAAAGAAAUGGUAGCAAAGAGACGUGAGCAACUUCGCAAAGGAAUGAUGAUGUAUGAAAUGGGAUAUAACAACAAUGAACAAUAUUUACACCCAUAUAGACACAGUAUCGGACAAAGCAGCCCUCGCAGCUCAUCACUAUACUCCAUGAACUUGCGAUCUGAGAACCGUAGCAAUGACCCAUUAGUCGAUGAUUACGAUUCAGAAAAAUCAAGCUAUGCUCGAAAGAAGCUAAUGAAGAACAUAGCAAGGAAUACAAGCAAUAAACGUAUGGAGAAUUACUUCUACGACGACGCCGUGCUGCAUUUCGAUGAUGAGUACGCGUUCGAUGGGACGAUACUGUUCGCGAAACGAAGAAAAUCAUUUGAAAACAACUGGGAUAUCACCUGUGACAUGCCAAGGAGCCAAUACGCGCCUGAUCAGGUGUCCAAUGAUGGAAGCUAUGGGUAUUAUUUGCCUGAUGAUGAAGAACAGGAGCAGUACUUCAUCAACGACACCUUGACGUUCAACCUGCCUCCGCACCGUGCCAGUAUUUAGUAACAGUGCCAUUGAAGUGCCAAUGAGUGACUUAGUGCCAAAACUGAUGGGCUUAAGUGUUAUAUUUGUGUAUACAUGAGUGGGGGGAUGAUAUGAAUGGGGUAUCUUUGAUAUCUUUACUCUAUACAAGAAAAUGAGAUAUAAAUAUUAUGACGUAGUACCUAAGGAGAAUAUAAAUUGCUAAAUGCCGCGCGAAACCCAAAGUAAUAUUGUUAAAAACUACAGCGCGCAGUCAAGUUAUAAAAAAAUAAAGAUGCAAGGCGAAAUAGAACACUAUAAAAUGUGUAACAUAACUUCUUUCACUUGUGAAACAUGAAAUCAAAAUUGUGAAAAGCUCUAGGGAUAAAUAUUAGUUAAAGAAAAUUAUAAUAAAUGGGCCAAUUAAUUAACAGUUAGAGAUUUACAAUUUUGCGGUAGUGUGUUUGUUCGUUAUGGUGGAUUUUAACCAUGAAGUGGUAGGCAAUUUUUAACUAAAUUUACGUGUUUUUGAGUAGAUCCAAUUUCAACAGAGAGACCACCACCUGGUCCUCUGCAGUAAUACAUGCCACAACUGAGCAUAAAUCUAAUAUUUAUAGAUCACAGACGCUUGUGUAAAAUGUCGUCGAUUAAAAGGUAAGACUCACUAAGUCCCAUUUUGAUCAAAAAGGAGACUUUUUUAUUUUUGUUUCAUUGAGAUGAACAAAAAUCUAGGACAAGAAAAUGUUUGUUAUUAAACUGCAUUUCGAAAAUCUGUAAGUGCAAUAAUAUCAUAACUGCCUCUGUGGCCGAACGGUUACCAUGCUGGUUUGCCACGCAAAGGGCCCGAGUUCAAUUCCCAGGCCAGGAGAAACAUUUGCAUGACCUACUUUUAUUUCUUUCGUGAGUUUGGGUGUAAUUGCGCGCGCGAGCGUGUGUGCGUUAUUAUUAUUAUCUAAAAUAGAUCUCUAUAGAAAACUCGCCUCUCCCAUGACCUGAAAGACAAAUUGAAGUAAUUAUUAUUAUUAUUAACUCAAAAUCACAAGUAAAACACAAAAUCAUAAUUAUCUCCAUUAGUCGAUUUGGCUUUUAUGUGAUUUUUACCUUUAAACUAACAAUAUAUAUCAUCUACUAAUUAUUCUUCUAUUUUACAGUAUCUGUAGUAGCGUAAAAAUUGUCGAUCACAUUGUGUUACGUA